AGGGCAACAGAGCAGAAGACCGGGAGCGAGGAAAUGUUUUCAGGGGUCAGCAAGAUUUUUCAGAGGGGAAAGGUGGUUGCUGAUGUGCCUGAUGACCUGAGAUUGAGCCCCAAGGCCCAAAUGGCACCGGGAGAGAACCAAUAUCUGCCCAGUCAUGGUCCAGGUUUUUCGAGCCCGGCCUCCUGCUCCUCUCUGCAACCCCUGAGAGAGCCAGGCUUCGCCUACUCUGGCUACUUUAGCCAGUCCUGUUUGCUGCUUGAAGCCUCAGCUCUCCUGACACCGCCCGACAGCGGGGUGGAGGCAGGGCUAACCGCGGAACCGCCCCCAGCCGCCUCCCAGCCUAGGCGUUCGGGCGGGUUGCUGGGGCGCCUCCACCUCCUCUUCCUAAAGCGGCGAGGCGCAGCAGACCGGCAUCACUCGAGCCCAGGUCCCAGCCACCGCCGCACGGACAGCGCUGCAUUCACGAAGAGGAGCAGCGCCGCAGUUGGCCAAAACGUUGGCGGGCGAGAGCUAGAGAGGCCCCGAUCGAAAAGCCUGGAAGAGCUGCAGAGCUACCCCCGUAGGAGGAGCCAGUCUCUGCCCAAGGCGCCAACGCCACCACCGCAGAAGCAGCGCGAAGUAGCAAUCGCCUCCAUGGCCCACUCACCGGUGGCUGUUCAAGUGCCCGGGAUGCAGAAUAAUAUAGCGGAUCCAGAAGAAUUGUUCACAAAAUUAGAGCGCAUUGGAAAAGGUUCCUUUGGAGAAGUUUUCAAAGGCAUUGAUAACCGUACUCAGCAAGUGGUUGCAAUUAAAAUCAUUGACCUUGAGGAAGCCGAGGAUGAAAUAGAAGACAUCCAACAAGAAAUAACUGUUUUGAGUCAGUGUGACAGCUCGUAUGUAACAAAAUACUAUGGGUCCUAUUUAAAGGGUUCAAAACUAUGGAUAAUAAUGGAAUACCUAGGUGGAGGUUCAGCAUUGGAUCUUCUGCGUGCUGGUCCAUUUGAUGAGUUCCAGAUUGCCACCAUGCUCAAGGAGAUUUUGAAAGGUCUGGACUAUCUACAUUCUGAAAAGAAAAUUCACCGAGACAUUAAAGCUGCCAAUGUCUUGCUUUCAGAACAAGGUGAUGUUAAACUGGCUGACUUUGGUGUUGCUGGCCAGCUGACAGAUACACAAAUCAAAAGAAAUACCUUUGUAGGAACUCCAUUUUGGAUGGCUCCUGAAGUUAUUCAACAGUCAGCUUAUGACUCUAAAGCUGACAUCUGGUCCUUGGGAAUUACUGCUAUUGAACUUGCCAAGGGAGAGCCUCCAAAUUCUGACAUGCACCCAAUGAGAGUGCUGUUUCUUAUUCCAAAAAACAAUCCCCCAACUCUCGUUGGAGACUUUACUAAGUCUUUCAAGGAGUUUAUUGAUGCUUGCCUGAAUAAAGAUCCAUCAUUUCGUCCUACAGCUAAAGAACUUUUGAAGCAUAAGUUCAUCGUAAAAAAUUCCAAGAAGACUUCUUAUCUGACUGAAUUAAUCGAUCGGUUUAAGAGAUGGAAGGCAGAAGGCCACAGUGAUGAGGAGUCUGACUCGGAGGGCUCUGACUCGGAAUCGAGCAGCAGGGAAAGUAAUACUCACCCUGAAUGGAGUUUCACCACUGUGCGUAAGAAGCCUGAUCCAAAGAAACUGCAGAAUGGGGAAGAGCAAGAGCUUGUGCAGACCUUGAGCUGUUUAUCUAUGAUAAUCACACCUGCAUUUGCUGAACUUAAACAGCAGGACGAGAAUAAUGCAAGUCGAAACCAGGCAAUUGAAGAACUUGAGAAAAGUAUUGCUGUGGCUGAAGCUGCCUGUCCUGGCAUCACAGAUAAAAUGGUGAAGAAACUCAUCGAAAAAUUUCAAAAGUGUUCUGCGGAUGAAUCCCCUUAAGAAAUUUGUCGUCAUUAUUUUUAGCUUCUGUUUCAUGUCGACCAGGAGAAACCCAGCAAAGCUCUGUCAACCUUAAUGAUGCUUAACUCAUGAGCUCCAUGUGCCUUUUGGAUCUUUGCCUCAUUGAAGAUUUAGAGGAAGCUAUUAAACUAUUUUGUGACAAUGGCUAUCAUUUUGUAUUUUAAAGAGAUUAUUUUGUAAGGAGUAAUUUUAAUACUAUAGUUUUGCCUGUAUUGUAGUAAAUGUUGAGAUACAGUUUUUUGUUUUUUGUUUUUUUGUUUUUUGUUUUUUUUCUUAAUUUUAGGUAGCAUUAUUUCUUAUGUUCAUGGAAUGGAAACUGUUUGGUUUGGAAUCUUUAGUUAACUGUACACUCAUAAACAUACAGGUCUUUCAAAGUCAUCCUAAUUAUCGAAUGUUUGUAAAUCAUCAAGCUUCAAAAAGCAUUCUUUUUUUCCCCACACAAGUAUAUUCUUAAAUUGACUAUUUGUAGUGAGGUAGAAAUACGUAAUACCUUCUUAAAACAAGUGUUUAAAGAAGCUAUUGGGGAAAAAAACACCUAGGAAAGUAUUGGCUUUCCUAGCAAGUUUUUCUGAAUUCAGGCAGCUCCAUGUCUAGCACCUUGGAGAACCUUGUGUUUGAAGCAUUUCCAUGUGACAUGUAGCAGUAGAGGUACCUCUCGGUGGAGUUAUCUUCUCUUUCAGAUGGAAGAAACAAUUAACCCUUAUUUAAUAUGGUUAGAUGUUUAAAGUAAUCUCAUUUAGCCAACAAUGGCGUUUUGGUUAGAAUGGUGGAGUUAGUCUGGCUUCAGUCUUUAAAUCUUCAGCUCAAAUCAUAUAUUACAUGCUUGGAUUUAGAAAACUUUAACAACAUUUUUGUCUUGUGAUUAAAUACCUGAUCAAUAGGUAUGAGCAUAACUUUAUACCAGCAUUUUUGUCAUGGCAAUGCAUUUUCAUAGAAAUUAUUUAUAUAUUUUUCUUAUAAUUAUCCACACAUAAGUAUAGUGUGUUCAAUUCUAAAGGGGUAUUUAAACAAACAUUGUCCAGCUCAUAUGAAAAUACCAUAGGGCAGGAUCAUUUCUUGUCAUAUAAAAGUAAGAUAGACUGUGUAGCUAAUUUUCAGUUCUAUUUAUGGUACUGUUAAGUGAGUAAUAGCCCUUUUUUAAGCCAUAUAUAUAUGUAUAUACAUAUACAUAUAUAUAUAUAUACAUACAUACAUACAUACAUACUAUGUUUGCCUAAGUGCUGAACUAGGGCUAUAGUUUUGUAGCUGUAGAAUUGUUAGUACUGAUUAAUUUCAACAGUUACAACUUUAAUAUUUGUAUCUUCACAUUUGAUUUUAGCACAAAACAUUUUAAAAUAUCUGAAUAACUGCCAAAUGUGAAAAAGAAAGAUGUUGUGCAAGUAGCCAAUGCAGUUUUUAAUUGAAAUGUCAAUUACAUCCCUUCUUUUAAAAAAGAAAUGCAAACACUUGAAAGGCGCAACAUUGCAUGCCAAGAAAAUUCUUUUCAUUGGUGCCUAUACUGUAACUAUUGCUUUGAUUUGACUGUACCUUGAAUUGAUGAUUUGGUUAGUUUUAUCCGUGUUGUAACUGAAACUCAAUUAUAGUUUGUUCUCCAUAGUGCUCUACAAAUUAUUGUGUGACUUGAAUAAUGGGUGACAUUCAUAUUUUUGUGAAAAUAAAAACAAGAUCAUAAAUUUAUUAUGGAAAACUGUACCACACAACUGCAUCCCAAAUACAACUGCUAUCACUUACUUAUUAUAGUGUUAGUUCUGUAGACGUGUUUCUAGGUGAAACAUAUGUCACUCUUUGGGGGAUUUUAAAAAUAAAUAUUUAAAUUUUAUGA